GCCCAGUGGCACGUUGGCGUUUUUGCUCUUGGGUGAUUAUCACGGCGAACAGCUUCUCAGGCAUGGGGUUCACUACCGACGACAACCGCGGAAACGUUGGAAUGAGCCGAUGCAUGAGGUAAUGAUGAGUAUCAUCCCAUCGUCCGUUGGUAGCGAUGAAAAGUGCAACCAUCUGCCCAUUCUUGCUCUCAGAACGAAUUCAAUUUUGCUCGUAUCCAUGUGCUUUCGUUCACCGACACAUUGUCUCCCUCGCUCUUGGGUUCGCUCUGGAAGCCGGCGCGCAGGUGGUCGAUGCGGUCUACUGCCGCCCAUAGGGGCAACGAAGCGGAAUUUCUACCUUCCACUGGCUGCUGUGUACAAACAGUGGCAUAUCAAGCUUAUCGGAGAGGGGAAAUGGCCUGCAGUCUUCCACUGCACAUGGACGGAGGAAAGGGAGUACUGUCUGAGCGCCUCGAGAGGAGGUUUUGCUACCGUUCAACUUAGACCCCGGUCGAUCCGGUGUUUCCCCGGCGUUCGGCUUUCCGGUGCUUUUUCGGGCCUUGCAUCGCCCUUCCGUCAUUAAGACCAGUUUUACGUUAUUGGUCUUUUGAGACGGCAACUCAUGCUUCGAUUUCUGAAAACAGUGCCAAUGGCAUCAAUGAGGCCCACUGCCUGCCGCUAAAGACACUUGGAUUGCUGAUAGCGGUGAAAACUUGCUUCCUAUUUCAUAGGAAAAUUGGUCACCUAGCAGCAACGAUGAAAGCUCGCCGUCUGGUGCGAUAGCAGAGUGGGACACGCCCAUCGGUGGUCUGCUGCGGAAGGAGAGUGGGACACGCCUAACGGUGGAGCAUGGAAUCUAUCUGGUGAAGUGGACUAGAGAUCCAUCU